AUGGCUCUUCCUAGCAUAAGCCAAGUUGUUCCAACAACUGGACCUACUACGGGUGGUACGGCGGUUACUAUAGUAGGAGCGAAUCUUCUCAAUCCUACCGCCGUAACCUUUGGCGGCACAAACGCGAUGGUCACUUCAAGUACCUCCACCACGAUCUCGGUGACAAGCCCUGCAAAAUCUGUAGGCGCUGCCCAAAUAAUAGUCACCACCGGCGCCGGCUCUAGCACGCAACCGGUGUUUUUCAAUUAUGUCGUUGCCACGGCACCCGUCAUCACUUCCCUCAACCCAAUCAGUGGCCCAGUAUCGGGCUCCAACGUCAUUUAUAUCUCGGGAUCGGGGCUGUCCUUUGUGGAUGGCGUCGGUUUUGGAAUCACUAAUGCGCAGAGCUUUGCUGUUCUUUCCGAUACCAAAAUCGCCGCAGUGGCUCCGGCGGUGGGACUUUUGCCCUAUACUUAUACCACAUUGAAUGCCCCGACUACCACUGCCGUAUCCCCGAGUACCGGUGCAGCUGCAGGUGGAAAUAGCGUCACAAUCGCGGGAUCUGGGUUUACUUAUGCCACUUCUGUCGCUUUCGGGGCUAACACAGCCUCAUUUACUGUGUUAUCCGACACGACCAUCAAUGCGGUUGUGCCUGCAGGUCCACCAGCAGGAGGAAAUGUCACUAUAAUCGUGUCUGGCCCUGGCGGUUCCAGUCCUAGCGGGCCCAGCUAUACUUAUGCGGCGGCCCCGACGCCAACAAUCACUUCACUGACCCCAUCUUCCGGGCCCUUGGUUGGGGGCGGAACAAUCACUAUCCAAGGAACGAACUUGAACGCAGCAAUAGCCAUUCUGUUCGGCGCUAUCCCAGCUCUCUUUUUCACGGUCCUGUCACCAACUGCUAUCAAUGUGACCGUUCCGCCUGGGCUCGCUACUGGAGCCAUCCCGGUGACAGUGACAACGCUUUCCGGUACUAGCUCAAGUUUCCCCUAUACCUAUCUGACUCCGCCCUCGCCAACAACAAUUUUCCCUACCGCUGGCGUGAUCACUGGUGGAACUGCGGUCACUAUCACUGGGAUAGGCCUCACGGGAACUAGCAGCGUGCUCUUUGGAUCGACGCCUUCACAGGGCACGAUUACGGUGAGUGGGGAUACGCUCGUAACAGUGACAGCCCCUCCACACCCUGUUGGGACAGUUCCAGUCACUAUUACGACUCCGGGUGGCACAGAUAGCUCGCUUUCAUUUAGCUUCCAACCCACCGCCGCGGUCACUUCGAUCUCCCCAGCUCUGGGCCCUCUCGAUGGAGGAAAUUUAAUUUCGAUCACUGGAGCCGGAUUGUUUGGAGCCAAUGCUGUGCUCUUCGGUAGCGUCCCUGCAACGACUGUCCUUGUCAUUUCUGAUAACUUGGUGACUGCUGUUGCACCUGCUGAGGCUGUUGGGGCCGUUAGCGUCACGGUCUCAACAGCUGCUAGCGUCAGCAAUGGUGUUCUAUAUCAAUACAUUCCCCCACCGACCCUUACUGCCAUCUCACCAACUACCGGAUCCAUAAGUGGAGGUGGCAACGUUACUUUGAUGGGAACGGGCUUCCUCACUGCAACUACUGUGUUCUUCGGCCUCCUCCCGGCGACUUUUACUGUUCUCAAUGAUACUACUAUAACCGCGACUGUGCCUAUAACAGGGCUACCUGGACCAGCUUCGGUAACUGUCACAAAUCCUGGAGGAACUAGUGGAGCUCAGACGUAUACCUAUCACCUUUAG